UCAGUACAAUCUCAUUUGAUAAUUGGAAAGUUCUCCAAAAUACAUUUCUAUCACAAAGGUUGAUAUUUGCUGAUUUUUAUUUCCUUUUCUUUGCACAGCUGGUUUGUGUCUCUUAAUUUAGAUAUAGAACUUAGUUCUCUUGUCCUCUGACAGAAGGUCUUGAGUUAAAUAUGUCAGGCAAUCACCACAAAAACUGGGAAGUUGGUUUUGUAUUUAGGCAAAAUAAAUGGUGGACUGUGAAAGGAUUUUACUGCAUCAGGAGCUCUGUGUUCUCACAGGGGAUGGAAGUCUCCAGCUGCCUGCCAUAAAAGUGUUCCAAAGGACCAAUGGUUUCAGGAUUUUUUACUAAUCUUAGACACCAAUCAUCUGCACUUUAAUUGUUGCUGCCUAAUUAACCACUUUCUCAUUUUCUUUUGUAGCAACAGCAGUUGCUGAGACCUUCUCUUCUCAGACCUGAGGAGUUGAGUAUGGAGUCUGGCAUUGAUCCAGGGCAGGAAUACUAUGGCCAGGAUUACUACAGUUAUGAGCACGGGUACGAGCUGCCGCAGUACGGGAGCCGCCGGCGCCUGCUGUCCCCGUCGGGAAUGUACGACGAGUACGGCGAGGUGGUGGUGGAGAGCGACGGUGGCUACUACUACAGUCCCCACGGGCCAGCAGCCGAGGAGUGGGCCAAGAAGAAGAGGAUCAAGUUGGUGGUGGACCCGGAGUACGAGACCAGCUCCACGGGCGAGGAGAGCGCUCCCGACUCCAGCCAGAGGAACCGGCUGAGCAACCCCGGCUUCCAAGCCAACGGCAGCAGCAACAUCUACGUGGCCCAGAACGGCUCCGUGGUGCGCACCCGCCGCGCCUGCCUGGGCAACAAUUUAAAAGUCACCUCCCCAGUGAGGCUGGGGAAGCAGUUCAAGAAACUGGACAAGCUGGCGGUGACGCACGAGGAGAGCGUCCCGCUGAACACGUUGUCCAAGGGACCAUCCCCCGGUGACAAAAUGAACUCCAGGCCGUGCAGUGUGUCCUUUUCCUCUACUAUAGGGGCUGAAAAUGUAGUGACAAAGGCUGGGGCGGCCAAACUGAAAAGCACAGACGAGCAGGAAUCGGUUGUUGACCACGAGGAAGCCAAGGAGCCCUUGGAGUCGCACAGUGAACACACACAGUCCGACGAGGAGGAGCUCUGGAUGGGCCCUUGGAACAACCUCCACAUACCAAUGACAAAACUGUGAUUUUAGUUGAUUUUUUUUUUUUUAAUUUUGGUUUUUACUUCGGUUUAUAAUAAACUGCGCUUUUUAUUGUCACCCAGGGGCAGACGUACGGAGUUUGUAUGGUGCACAUCCGUUGUCCAUGACAAACGGCACGCUUUAAAAUUCCCAGACAAAAUUUGCACUCACAUUUGGACCGAUCCAUUGUCCUCCCCAGUUUUGACAGGCUCCCAUUUCACUAAACACUACUUGGUUUCAAUUAAUGAGUUCUUUUUGGAUCUGGAGUUCUUGUUUAAUAAACAGUAAACUACUAAUAAAUGCACAGCCCCCAUUGGUUUAACCCUCCAGACAGCUCUACACCUGCCUGGCUUUGUUUUUCUGUAUGGUACUUGUGGCUCUACUGUCUAGAUUUGGGAAUUGUCUAUUUAUGUUCAAGAUUGAUAUCCGGAGCUCUGCCUUCUGACCUCAGAGUAAUAAAUUAAAAAUAAACCCAUCCAAGUCAAUGGAGCAAAUCCUCGGCUGCUGCUGGAAUUUGAGUCCCAGUUCCAAAGUCAGAGCAAUUUAUGCAAACAACGCCCAGCUGGCAAAGUUAUGGAAUCAAAGUUCCUGAGAUUAUAGCACUGCCACUUAGAAAAGUGCAAGAGAAGCUGAAAUAAGAUAAAAAUACAAAAGAGGAAGGCAAUGUAUAGCAAUUAAUCUUAUUCAGAGCUACCUGGCCGUGGUUUGUUCAUUUUCUUUUGUAAAUUAGCUCAUUCCAAUUUUCUUCUCCGGUCAAUUUUUCAUCUUUUCAUCUCUUCCCACAUCAGUUGUGUUUGCUUCUUUCCAUGGUCUCUAGCUCCAGCUUUUGUGCUCUAUCAGUAAUUGUCAUCCUAUGGCUGUAUUCCUCUGGAAUAAAGCAGGAUGAUCCAUGAGCCUGUGACAGUGGGAGGCACUAAAGAGGAGUUAAUGGGAAGAGGAUGGAUCCAUUCCCAAGCCCAGUUGGCUGGUGGGUUAAGCAGUGCCAUCACCAUUCCACUCUGCUAACUGAACACAAAUGUGCUGAAAAGACAAAUGGAUCCCACAGGGAAAAGGAGAAAAGGGGAAUAUUUUAUGAGGUGAACGUGCACAGACAGAUCUGGGAAGGGCAAAGGGUCUCAGGACACACACACACACACACAGAGUUGUUUCCAAAACUUAUAGUACCCAUUACCUGUGAAAUACACGACAUAAAUUCAGGCACCUGGUUACAAUUUCUGGUUUUACCUUGAGGUUUUGAGUGUGUUGUCACAGCUUGGGCAGGGAGCUGAGAAUUUUCACUGUUUGGUGUCACCAACACCCAAAAAAAGACAAAGAAAAGUGGUUUUCUCCAGUAUGAAGCAGCAAAAGAAAAAAAAGCAGAACCACGUUCACCUGAGAAAAGUGUCCUGUUGUGUUGUGCAAACUUUUUUGGGGUAAAACCAAACCAAUUGUGAGAACAACCUGGAUUCCUCUGGAAAGAUUGGAAGAGCCAGCAGAUCAAUGUGUGUAACUGGCAAGGAAGAGAUUGGCAGCACCAUUCUCUCCCCUUUCAGCUGCUGAGGCCUCACCACCAGGUCUGGGUGAGGAUGGACCUGCUCUGGCAGUAAAAGGACUUGGUGCUGCUGUGGCUGUGUUGGGUUUCCCUUUGCCCAGGCUGUCCCCCAGCAGAUCCCUGGGAAUGUUUGUCUUUGGGAGCUGUCUGCAAUGUGCUGUCCAUGUGACUUCUCUGUCCAAUACCUCCUUCUCAAGCUGAGGUUUCUGACCAAAUAUUCUGAGCAAUGGUGCUUGUUUUCAGGCAAGAGAAAUGCACUGUAGCCUCUCACACGUGGGGAAAACAAACCCACCAGAUGUUUCUUUUCCCUGAUUCCUUUUUCUUGGCAUAUUUGCACUUGGGACCGGCGCUAAAACAGCUGUUUGGAGUUAAGCUGGAGGCUGGACAUACAGAUAAGACUGAUGGAAGAAAGAAAAAAAAAAUCUAUUCUUUGAAAUAAUGAGUAAAAUGUUAUAUUUUAAUCCUG